AUGGCAACCCACCCGACCACGAACUUCGAGGACAACGUCCAUACGGACCCGGAUGCCGAGAAGGUUGAGCAAACUCAAAAUGAAUAUGGAACUGGCAAGGCUGGAACUGGACCAUCGUCUGAGAAUGAUGCCCAUAUUCAAGCCGUCACGAGAAAACUACUCUUCAAGCUCGAUACAAGGACGAAUGUUGGCAAUGCAAAAAUUCUCGGACUCGAGAAGAAUAUUGGUGUCACCAAUGAUCAAUAUGCCAAUGGUCUAGCAAUCUUCUUCGCCUUCUAUAUCGCCGCAGAACUACCUUCCAACCUAGUCUUGAAGAAGUUUCAACCCAGACUAUGGCUGGCCGUACUCACAGCUGCUUGGGGAAUCAUUGGGAUGUGUUUAGGUUUCAUCCGAAACUAUGGCGGCUUCCUCACGGUCAGAGCCUUCCUCGGUCUUGCUGAAGGAGGUCUACUCCCGGGUAUGGUACUUUAUCUCUCCUCACUUUAUACUCGAGGAGAGAUGGCACUCAGGAUUGGCCUGUUCUACACAAGUGCUUCGCUGGCAGGCGCGUUUGGUGGUCUCCUUGCACGAGGACUCUCAUCCAUCGGUCCCGUUGGGGUCGUGGACGAAGGAUGGAGAUGGAUAAUGAUCAUCGAAGGGCUCCUCACAUUCGUUGCUGGCGUCGCAGCAUACUUCCUGCUUCCGAAUGAUGUUUCAACAGCAUGGUUUUUGAACGCCGAAGAAAGAGAGCUCGCGAGGAAGAGGCUGUACAAUGACACUUCUGCACAUCUCCCCGACAGUGGUGAGGCUGAAGGAGUCGAGAAGUUCCGUUGGUCAGAAGUCAAGCGAGGAGUACUCAACAUUCAACUGUGGCUGAGCGCUUCGGCGUAUUUCGCCAUUCUUUCUGGACUAUAUUCAUUUGGAUUGUUCCUCCCCACAAUCAUCAAUGGGUUGGGAUAUACCGCCAAUGAAGCGCAACUAUGGUCGGUCAUUCCGUACGCAGUGGCUGCCGUUGUCACUGUCGGAGUGGCGUUAGCUUCAGAUAGGUUGAAGCUUCGAGGCACGCUUAUGCUGGUCGUGCUUCCUUUGGCUAUAGUUGGUUAUGCUGUCAUCGCCAAUAUCAACCAGCAUGACAAUCAUACCAAAUAUGGUAUGACAUUCUUGAUGGCAACUGGCUUGUAUGCGAGCGUGCCUCCUGUACUUGUCUGGAAUUCGAACAAUUCUGCUGGUCACUACAAGCGUGCGACCACUUCAGGACUUCAGCUGGCCAUUGCCAAUUGUGGAGGGUUUGUUUCGGCCUUUAUCUAUCCCAAGUCACAGGCACCGCAAUAUCACAAGUCACAUACCAUCGUCCUAGGGCUAUUGGUAUAUGCAUGGUUUGCGGUACUGCUGAAUGUUUUGUACUGUGCAAAGAUCAACCGAGAUAAGGCCAGUGGAAAGUACGACAAGUAUAUUGGCUAUGGUGAUGAUAGGGAUCCUGAAUUCAAGAUGGUUUUGUGA